UCCCAGCCGCCGCCGCCACUAGCUUCCAGCGAACAGAGCCAAGGGUUUGGGAGAGAGCGAUGGAGGGAGGAGUGAUCUCGUUGCCGGCGCCGGCGCCGGUUUCUUGCCUCGCCAACAGGGAGUUCCAGGCCACCCCCACCCCCAGCCCGUCCGACGAGUCGACGGUCCUCCGCGAGCUGAACGUUUCCGUCUCCCUCGCCGGUCUGGACAUCUCCCGCGGCCACCACGGCGAGCCGGACGUCCUGGGCCAGAGACGCAGCAAGUGCAAGCCCAAGGUCCGGACAGUCUCCAAGAUGCACAUGGCGGCCAAGGCGGAGAAGAAGGCGGCGCUCGACAAGGCCAAGGCGGAGAAGAAGGCGGCGGCGGCGAACGACAAGGCAAAGACGGAGACGAAGGCGGCGGCGGCGGACUACAAGGUCAAGCCGGAGAAGGAGGCGGCGCCUGCUGGUGGUGCUGCUGCAUCCCCCGAGAGGUUGAAGCUCAACCCGUACGAGGGGUAUGCGAUCAAGGAGAAGAGGAUGGUGAAGAUGGACCAUCGGAACAGCUACAUCAAGUGGCUGCUCGAGUGGGACAAGAAGCCUCGCCCUCCCCUGCCCAACCUCCCCGAGACGCUCCGCUCCAUGGUCGCCAUCAAGGCCGAGCGAGCCCACCAUGAGAGGGUCCUCGCCGACUUCAAGCUCGACGGGCACGCCUACGUCCAGGUCGACGUCUUCUACGACGACGACCCAAGGGCCAACCUCCCCGACGACCAGUACGAGGUCAUCCACCACGACAGCGACGAAGAAGCUUGAUCUACUUAGCUGAGCAAGAUCUAUCUACCUAUCUAUCUAUCUAAUGUGCGCCAUGGAUUAGAGUGUGAUUCCUUCUAGUGAUCUACUGCGUCUUAAAUUUAUGUUUGCAAGUGAUGAUCUUGUAUCGUAGCUAUAUGUAGUGUGUCCUCUGGCUUUUGCAACCUGGCAAGCUACUAUCUAUCUAAUGUGUUACUGAAACUCUCUGUUAUGUUGUUCUUCAAAUCAGCGAUCACAUCGGUCA